GGUGGUGGAUACCCCUCUUCCGGAAGCGCGAGAGUCGGUGUUUUUGGCGGCUUCUUUUAGGCAGCUAUGGAGUACUACCAAUAGAGGCUCCAUUUCCCAGAGACUUUACGGCCGUUUGAGGCAAAAUGGCUCCGGGCGAAAGAGGAGCCGGCGGUGGCAGAGGAGGGGCCGCUUCUACCUAAGGAUCCUAAGGAAGAGAGCCCGAGGACACCCGAGUGGUUUGGGCCUGCGAAGAUGAGCUUGGCUUGGGUCAACUCUUUCGAGAAGGAGCAUCUCUGGAUGUAUCUGCAGGCGCUCGGCUUCGACCCAGGCCCGGCGGCCGUUGCCUGCGGAAAGAUCGUGUCGCACAUACACCUCGGAGUGGACAUGUUUGAUAAGCUGAACCGUGAUGCCUUUCAUAUAGUUUCUUAUUUUUUGUUUGAAACAUUGGACCAGUCUCUCACCAAAGAAGUUUUCAAACUUUGUUGGCCUCCAUUUGACCAAAGAAGUGAUACUGAAUUCCGGAAACAUUGCUGUGAAUGGUUAAAAAAGAUUUCUGCUGAAUGUGGGAGUAACUUUCCUCAAGUUGUUGGUUCACUAUUUCUUUCUCCUGGGGGUCCUAAGUUUAUUCAUCUGAUGUAUCAUUUUGCAAAAUUCGUUGCGAUAAAAUACAUAAAAACCCAAUCUAAAAAUUCUUCUGUACAUUUUACAGAGAUAUUUAAUAUAAAGCCACAAGAUUUGAAUAAGUGCACUGCCAGAUCCCAUAUAGCACGUAACAGAUUUUUACAAAUUUUGCAAAGAGAAGAUUGUGUUAUCCGAAAAUAUCAGGAAAAUGCACAAUUGUCAGUUAAACAAGUACGAAAUUUGAGGUCAGAAUGUGUGGAACUGCAAAACCAAGUAAAAAAAAUGGAGCCUUGUGAUGACCAAACUAAUACAGAAGAGAAAAUUCAAAAGGUUCGGUCUUUGUGGGCUUCAGUGAAUGAAACACUCAUCUUUGUGGAAAAAGAGAGAGAAAUUGUUAGUUCCAUUCUGAAUCUUGUUGACCAGUAUACAUUAGAUGGAACUAAUGUUUCUAUUAACAUACCAAGACUCUUACUUGAAAAAAUUGAGAAACAAAGGUAUCAGUUGCACAUAGGUAAUGUUUAUGAGGCUGGAAAAUUGAACCUCUUAACAGUUAUUCAGUUAUUAAAUGAAGUCUUGAAAGUAAUGAAAUAUGAACGUUGUCAGGCUGACCAAGCAGAACUGACAAUAGACCUUCACUUCCUUGAAAAAGAGACCAAAUUUCAAAGAGAAAGAUUAUCAGAUCUGAAGCAUAUGAGGUAUAAAAUAAAAGAAGAUCUUAUGACUAUAAGACAUUCUAUUGUAGAGAAACAAGGAGAGUGGGAUAAAAAGUGGAAAGAAUGUCUUGGUCUGUCUCCCUUCAGUCUCAUUAAAGGUUGGACUCCAGCUGUGGAUCUUUUACCACCUAUGUCUCCCCUCUCGUUUGAUCCUGCUUCAGAAGAAGUAUAUGCAAGGAGUAUUCUUUUGCAGUAUCCUGCUUCAUUUCCAGAUACACCUAAGCAGCAUAACCAAGAAAAUGAUUGCAGAAGAGCCAGUGAUACACUGGGGACUGUAUAUUACCCAGCCAGCAGCCCUGCUUCUUUCCUGUUGCAACCAGUUUCACUGUCAUCAGAUAGAAACAGUGUUACACUAUUUGAAAAGGACAUGAAGAUGAGAACUCCUAGAGAGAAAAAUGAGACAAUUUCUAAGAAAACAGCAGAAUUUGAAGUAGAAGACUCUGUAUCAUCAAAUAUUGCAAAAAAUUCAGAGAAUAGUGCAUUUGGAGGGGCUCUUCCAGCUAAAAAAAGUGAUCCAUUUCAAAAUGAGCAAGAUCAUCUGGUAGAAGAGGUUGCUAGGGCAGUUUUAUCUGAUUCACCACAGCCCUCUAUAGGAGAAGUAAAAUUGGAGGAACUAAUUGACUCUCUAGCUUCUAACCCUUUCUUGACAAGGAACCGAAUUCCCCGAACUCCAGAAAACUUGAUAAGUAAAAUUAGGCGCUCAUGGAGAAAAGCUCUUCAAAUGGAAGAUAACAGAAGUAUGGAACCGAUUCAGAUGGAUACUGAAACUAGAGAAGUAUUGCCAGAAUCCUUACCUGUGUUGCCUAAUGAAAGAGAAUUUAGUGUGACCAGUUUUCUCUUAGCAACCAGUGUGUCUGAUUCUAGCCAUUCUCAUUUGCCUGAAGAGAAAGUUGUUUCAGAUCGCCUCAAGUGUGUGCCCCAGAAGCAUAUGGUGACCAGUCACAUAGAUGAAACAGCAACACAGAAUCAGUCAGAUUCGUUAAAUAAGAAAAUAGUGUGCAAGCAAAAUUUGGGGAGUACAGCAUUGCAGAACAAGCUUUUAGAAACUAGCCAAACAGAGACAUUCUCCCCUUCUGUAGGUGAUAGGAGAGAUGUGAUGGGAAGCUGCAAAGAGGAUUAUAUUAAAAUAGCAGACCACUUGCAAUCUUCUUAUAAAGAAUCUUCCAUGCGCAAGAGUGUGUUAGGGAACUCUUUUCAAACAUCAAGUGGAAUUAGUUCUAGUUUUCAGGAUACUGAUUUUGGCAUAUUACAUGAAAAUCUUCCAGAAGAAGUUGGUCAUUUAAGUCUUAAUAGUAGUACAGAGGCCAGUGUUAAUCUGGAACCAAAUAGUCCUAUGCACAGUGACAUUUUUCCAGAAGAUGUUGUGGGAGAAAGACAGACUACUACAGUAUCAGACUUCAGUUUACAGGCUAUUUGCAGUAGAUAUGAGGCUCUGAAAAAACCUCUGUCCAAGAAAAGGGAAGAAAUUUACCUCUUUAAUUCAGAGACACUUGAGAAACACACACCAGAAGUGAGCCCUACUUUCCAAAACCUGCAAAUAGAUAAUACACUUAACUUUUUGGACAGUUGGGAUUUGCAUGUUGACUAUACAAAACCAUCUUUACGCAUGUCCCUUGGUGAAAGGAAACAGUCUCUCUCACCACUAAUUAAGUUUUCUCCAGUGGAGCAAAGAUUGAGGACCACAAUACCAUGUAGUCCUGGGGAACUUACACCUAAUUUAAAAGAAGAAGAAGUCUUGAUUAAGAGCCUUGAUGCAAAAGAAUCACUCUGACUUGAAAAGAUGAAGCAGUUUAGCUGAAUUAAUUUAACUAUGAUGCACUUAAAUUCAAGCAGUGUCACAGGAUUCAAAACUCACAUAAUUUAAAUAUACAGUGGAAGUGUAACUCUUUUUCAAGGCCUAAGAAUCUAAAAUUAUACCUUUUAACCUCCUCUAAUGUUUUUAGGUAAGGACAGAAUGUUUGGAUUUUCUCUGUAGGGCUGUGAGAUUGAAAUGUGAAGUACAAUACUGCCUUGAACAAUGAGGGGGGUAAGGGGAACCAACCCCUGUGCAGUUGGAAAUCUGCAUGUGACUUCUGACUCCCUAGAAAGUUAACUGCCAGUAUUCUGCUGUUCACUGGAAGCCUUACUGAUAACAUAAACAGUUGAUGCACACAUAUUUUGUAUGCUAAAUACGUAUGAUGCUAUUUUCUUAGAAUAAAGUAAGCUAGAGAAAAUAAAACAUGUUUUCAAAUUGUGACAAGUCUCCAAAAACUUUUCCAGUAUAUUUAUUGAAAAGAAUCUACAUAUAAGUGGACCUGAGCAAUUCAAACUUGUGUUGUUUAAGGGUCAACUGUGUUUGGAAAGCAAAUAUCAAGUUAUGUGAAGCCAUUCUGAUUUCUUGAAUAAUCUUGUAAGCAUUAAGUAAAUGGCAAAAUGUUAUUAUAAUUUCAGUUAAUUAACUUAAGGACAAGUGGGUUUUGAUGUUCUUUUAUUAAGUGGUUAACAUAAUAUCCAUUAGCUAUGCUGUUCUUUCAUUUUAGGGAAACGUAACAUGUUUCUUUAUGGAACAUUGUGGUACUAACCAAAAAAUGUGAGAAAAAUGGUUGGAUGUGUGUUGUCAGGAUAACAGAGUUUAAGUUUGGGAAAGUUCUAAACAGGUUCAAUGAUUAUUCAAGUAAGUUGAUCCUGAAAAAUGAUGUUUGGUGGAAUAAAGUGCAUGUGAUGGUAGAGUGGGGUAGAAUGAAUUUAGAAAAAAGGCAAAAGAUGAAAAAUGAUGACUAGACACUUAAAAGAACACUGUCAAACCAUAAAUCCAUUCGCUGGGUUGUGUAGCAGAUUUAUAUUUAGUCUAAUUUAGACUUUGAGAUUUAAUUUAAUUCUAGCUUUAUAUUUUACCAGAAAAAAAAGUAAAUUAAAAAAUUUACUAAUCUGU